AACUGGCAUCGGCAUUAGAAGAAAAGAGAAUUUUGGGUUUUGCUGUUUUUUUUAACAGUGAAAGAAGAGAGAGAAAAAACACAAGGGAGCAACGAAGGAAAAUUAGUUUGUUCCAGAACUGAAUCCAAAGAUCUUCUAUUUACGUGCUUAUCUUCCGCGGAAAUUUUUGUUGGGUGGUCGAAGGUCGAGAAGGUUCCAGAUUGGCGUGGUUGCGUGGGUUUGGUUCGCGAGAAUUCGGAAGGGGUUUUUUGUUUCCUACGAAACCCAUAAUUCGCCAUACUUCAUUUGAUUUUGGUUCAACGGCUCAUGAAAGAUUGACUCAUGGAUCCUGAAGGAAAAAAGUUUGGAGGAGGACCAAGGGAAUUGACAAGUGCUGUGGAUCUAAUAAGUCAUUUCAAAUUAAUACCCCACUAUGAGUUUUUCUGCAAGAGGUCACUCCCUGUGUCAAUUGCGGACACACACUACCUUCACAAUGUUGUAGGAGACACAGAAAUAAGAAAAGGAGAUGGGAUGCAAUUGGAUCAACUUAUUCAGAAUACAUCUUCCUACAGAGAUACUAAUGCUCGCAUACAGCCUUUUGAUCUAGAUGUCCUCAAGGAAACCUUUCAACUCAGGGAAACGGCUCCCAUUGAUUUGCCUGCUGCAGAGAAAGGGAUUCCAACUAUUGCAGGAAAAUCAAAAGGUGAGAAUAAAGAGAAGGAGAAGAAGCAUAAGAAGCACAAAGACAAGGACAAGGAGCAUAAGAAGCACAAGCAUCGUCAUAAGGACCGUAGCAAAGACAAGGACAAGGACAAAAAGAAAGAUAAAAGUGGGCAUCGUGAUUCCGGUGCUGAUCACUCGAAGAAACACCAUGAAAAGAAAAGGAAGCAUGAUGGAGAUGAUGAUGUUAAUCAUGUGCACAAACACAAAAAGAGUAAGCAUAAGAGCUCAAAAAUUGAUCAAUUGGGGGCAAUUAAGGUUGCUGGCUAAAAUGGUUUCACACAGUAGUUCACUUCUUUUCCUUAAUUGGUUGUUGUCAUUUGUUAAAAAUUUGGAGGGGUGUUUCAAUUGACAUUAUCAGAUUUCUUGAGGGUAGCUAGUGAUCUGACUAAUGAUUAUCAUGAUGGUGAAUUCACCUGAUGUAGGAAAGGGAUGCAGGUAAAAUUUGAUGAAGAUAAACUUUUUUUCUUUUGUACAAUAACAAUUACCUUAUACACUUGCCAGUGAUUUGCAAAACUUUGGUCUUCUUUUUCCCAGUCUAUUGGCGCACUGGAUAUCUCAACAUGUAUGCAUUGUUUUGAUCUUAAAAAAUAAUUUGUAGUGUUCUAAACUAAUUAAUAGCUUAAACUA